AAGCUGAGCACCUCAUCCACAUACAGCAGCUCUAACAACCAACUGGAUACAUCUGGUGGACAAUCAUCAUUUAUUUUAUAUACUUUUUUUACACAGGAUAUUGGGAUGCAUUUCACCAAUCCACCAGCAUCCCUAUAGGAGUCAAUCUGGCCCUUUUCAGUGGACUGACACUUAAUAUUGGACUCUUAAUAUCUUGGAUAUGUUUGGCCCAAGGCAGCUGGUAUCUACUCUCCUGCCUGCAGUUUUCCAUUCACCUGCAGCUCACUUUUUCCCUGCAUUCCCAACCAGACUGGGCUCUCAACCUCAGAUCCUGAUCCCGGGGCCCUUUAUCAGCUAUGAAUCCUUGAGGAAUUAUUUGCAGCCAGAGCCAUGCAAGGAAGCUUUGCUCCUGGCCACACAGGCGGUUGGGAUGGGGCCACUCACAGAUGGUAUAGAUGAACAGAGGCCAGUGAAGCAGCGUCGUGCACGAGCCAACUACAGCAGCUGGCAGCUGGAGGAGCUGGAGAAGGCCUUUGAGACCACCCACUACCCAGACAUCUUCAUGAGGGAAGCCCUGGCCGUCAGACUGGACCUCAUCGAAGCCAGAGUACAGGUUUGGUUUCAAAACCGCCGUGCCAAGAUGAGACGACAGCUGAAACUCCAGGGCCAACUUGCAGGGCCUUAUGUAAACAGAGACAAUAAUGAAAAGUCUGAGAAAGCGAGUUUAAAACAGCACACAGAAAGUUCUGACGGCGAGCAGUGCGAGAGACGACAGGAAGGAGAUAAAAACUAUCCAUGGACAAAUGCUGCGAGUGCUGCGCUGAGCAUACGUAUGCAGCCUGUGACCCAGAGGUCGGGGAAGUGGGAGAGGCCGGAGGGGCCAAGUUCAGAGGAGCUCCGUUCCUGCAGCAUCGCCAAGCUGAGGGCCAAAGCCAGAGAGCAUGAGGCUGAGAUCCACAGCACUGUAAACAUGUCAGGAAGCGACAAACAGUCACAAACACAGGAAGCUGAUGCCAUGCACAAUGAUUGAUCAUCUUCCUUCUUCCUGUUUGUACAGAUAAUCAUAACCAAAAAAAAAAAAAAAGGUGUGCUUUUUGAACCUUUUUGGGAUGAGGAGCUUUGUUUUUUAGCCAUCAUUAAAUAUUUCUUGCUUUCUUUACAGUAUAAAAUGUUCUAAAAAAUUAUAAGCAAAUGGUCACCUGGUUGCUUUUUUAAAUUUCAUUUUCAGGGUAUAUUACAACUAACAUAAUUUUCUGGAUGUUCUUGUUUAAAUAGAGUUUCUUUGGAAGUUUGGGUGGUUCCAUGUAUCACUUUUUAGUCUAUUUUUAUAAAUAUGUAGAACUGUAAAAAGUUUCUAUACCCUACAUUAUUUUCAGUUAAUGUCUGGACAUUCCUUAACCUCACAUGCAUGUGCUGUUUAUGUCUCUUUCUGAACGAGAUUGUUAUCACAUCUUUGAAGUGUUUAGGUUGUCAACACCAAAUAAUGGCACAGACUGUAUGCCCGUUCAGAUAACAGUGACAAAUGACAAAUGCUGCCACCUUAUCGUAUCAGUCUAUCAGGGCACAGCUGAAAUGCGAUACAGUAAGAUAAUUUCUACAUGAUUUCAUUAAUGACAAGCUCAUCCCUGACCUCUCCGGUUACUUUCUCAGACAGGCAGGAUGUCUGCAUGCAGCCACACGUCCUCACAGGAAACAAUGGAAAUAGCUGAAAAAUGAAAUCAUCAAAACUGAGUCUAUAUAGAUGAUGCAUGUCUAGUAUUUGCAUCAAAGACAUAGUAUACUGAUUUUUUUUUUCAUUUUCAUUGAUAGUGACACAGAUUACACAAAGACUAGUGAAAAUUGAAAGAGAAGAACAUUUGAGGGCUCGUUUUAAGGGAGUUAAAUGACCAACAAAUAUAAAACGAUAACAUCAGCUGUGGUAAAUAAAGUAUGAAGUCACAAACUGUGACAUAAUGUAUAACUUUAGUUUUUUUGUUAUGUUUGGUCCGGCAAACACUGUUGGUUUUCUAAAUUCAUGUUAUGAAAGCCAUCUCAACUUUCUUCAAACUGCAGACAAAAUAAAUCUGAGCUAUAUACGAGUGAUUUAUUGGUGAACUUCACCUUGUUAAACCUAUUUUAAAAAAAUGCACAAAUGUUCUGAAUGCGCACAUUGUAUAAUUUGUGUGCUGGCAUAAUCCAAUUGCUAUAUACUUCUACAUGGAAAUUAUACUAGCACUGUUUAUUUGCAUGCUUUAUUUAUGCCUUGACAACAACAACAACAAGUUUGGCAUGGUGAGAUUGUCCUCUAUGAGUGCAGUGUGAGGCUGCCCCCUUCUGGACACGAAGAUGUCCUCAGACAGGACAGAUGAGAUAGUUCAGACAAGGCAACAUGCAGUAUUUGUGUUUACAAUCCAACUAAUACAUAGCCUACGUUUCCUUUUUACUGCUGUCACACAUCUCUGAUUAGUUAUGUGGACCAUAGUGAAACUUUUAAAGCUGUGUUAAUGUGUUUAAUUUUGUUGGAGACCCUGUUG